AUGCGAGUGCUGGCUGGGACAGGGAUGGGAGUCCCCGUGCUCCCCUGGCUGCUGCUGCUGCUGGUGAUGUCCCACUCAGCCCACACAGCCAUCCUGGAGGUGAACGGGAACCUGAGCUGUAGGUGUGCCAAGACAACCUCGGACUACAUCAGUCCCAAGAAAUAUGAGAGCAUUGAGAUAAGGCCCGUGGGCAGCACCUGCAGGCGCACGGAGAUCAUAAUUAAAUUAAGAGCUGCAGGGAAGGUGUGUGUGAACCCCGAAGCCCCUUGGGUAAAGAAGCUGCUGAAGCGUAUCGCUAGCACGAAGAAAAAAUAA